UAAGGGGUCCCUGUCCUUCCUGGCUUUGGGUGCAGAAAUUGAGUCAGUGAGUUUCCUGACUUCAGAGUCUGAAGGCAUCUGUCUUUCAUUAGUUUGUUAUCAAUAAUCAGUGUUAUCGUUAACCGAUAAACAUUUACUGAGCGUUUACUCUGUGCCAGAGAGUGAAACUGUUCAGGGCAGAGUCACAAGUGCCCCUGCCUCAGACAGUCCACAUAUAGUCACUGGGCCCGUAUCCUGUGCCGCUGUGGGGUGGGGACCGGGGUGGGGACAGGUGAGCCCUGAGGGAACUUGCUCCAGGUCAGAAGUCCCAGGGCUUUAAUGAGACCUGCCUCCAUGCACACCUGCCCGAGCCUCGUCCUGCACGCCCAUCUGUGCUUCUCUUUUAGGAUGAGUGUGCAGACCAUCCGCAGUGUCUUCAGUGUGGAGACCGGCUACCGGCUCUCAGACGAUCAGAUAGUCAACCACUUUCCCAACCACUAUGAACUGACGCGGAAGGAUCUGAUGGUGAAGAACAUCAAAAGAUACAGGAAGGAGCUGGAGAAGGAAGGGAGUCCUCUGGCAGAAAAAGAUGAAAAUGGAAAAUACCUCUAUCUGGACUUUGUUCCGGUCACCUACAUGCUGCCGGCUGACUACAACCUGUUUGUGGAGGAGUUCAGGAAAAGCCCCUCCAGCACCUGGAUCAUGAAGCCUUGCGGCAAAGCCCAGGGAAAGGGCAUCUUCCUGAUCAACAAGCUCUCACAAAUCAAAAAGUGGUCCCGGGACAGCAAAACAUCUUCGUUUGUGUCUCAGUCUACGAAGGAAGCCUACGUGAUCUCUCUGUACAUCAACAACCCAUUACUAAUCGGCGGCAGGAAGUUCGACCUGCGCUUGUAUGUUCUGGUGUCCACGUACCGCCCACUGCGCUGCUACAUGUAUAAACUUGGAUUUUGCCGCUUCUGCACAGUGAAAUACACCCCGAGCACCAGCGAGUUAGAUAACAUGUUUGUCCAUCUCACCAAUGUCGCCAUUCAGAAACAUGGGGAGGACUACAACCACAUCCACGGGGGCAAGUGGACCGUGAACAACCUGCGGCUCUACCUGGAGAGCACCCGGGGCAAGGAGGUGACCAGCAAGCUGUUCGACGAGAUCCACUGGAUCAUCGUGCAGUCCCUGAAG